AUGUCCGGUGAUUUGUCUUUAAGUCCUAACCGUCCAUCGAUGAAUAAUCGAAAACGUCCACUAGCAGAUGCUUCUUCGGAACUGAAUACUCCCAAACGGGAAUAUUACCCGCAUUUUCAACCCUACCCGUACAUGAAUAUGAUAACUCCUCCACCAAUGUUCCAAUCAACCCCAUUCACCAUGCGAAACGAUGAAAAUCAACCUCCUCCGCAUUUCAUGGAAUAUUGCCCACCGAUGCCAUUCCCACCCUACACACCAUUCAGCUGUCCAUCGGCUAAUUCAUCUACAUUGUCGAACUCUUCCAGCAAUGAUUCGGGAAUCAGUGGUGGUAGUGCCUCAUCGAGCUGUGAAAACUCUCCAUCGACGUCAUCUGAACCGAAGUCGAAGGACGAUGAAGUGCUUUUUCAAGUGCCCAGUCGACUAAAUCAUAUCAGCAAAAAUAAAGUAACCCUCGCUGAAUUGAAACGACGGAUUGCACCUCCAGAAUGCCUAAAUAGCAGCUUCCUCGGCAUCUACCUCAGACUGGCAAAAACCAAAGAAGUUGGUAAGGAAUUGCGGGACAAUCUAGCAAAACAUGGAAUCUCACUGCCAUCUGGCCGACGAAAAGGACUUCAGAAUACUGUAUUCACUUGUCUUGUUGAGGAAGAAGCAACUCAACUCGGACGUGAUAUGCAUACUCUAGUCCAACAACACUAUCCCGUCAGGCCACUGAUUGAUAUGGCUGCACGCAAGUCGAUCAGCCAUCCAGAGGAAAGGCAGAGGGAUCUAAUUGGAGCGAUAAGAAUUCUUGACGAAUUGAACACCAUGUUCAAUGAACUCCAAACUCCGCUAUCCACUCGAAUUUGUAACAAUGUACCCAUUCACAACGAACUGGAAGUUGGAAUGAAUCACUUCAGCUUGAUCACGCAUACCUUUGGCCCAAUAAAUCAAUCUACCUGGUGCAAUGCAUUUUUAAAUUAUGCCAAAAUGUCACUGGCAAUGUAUCAAAACCGAAUGGAACCUGCAAAUCCACAGUAUAAUCAAUGAAGCUGAAAACAUAUUUUAAACACUUAUUUAUGGUACCUGAUUGAAGGAUCUCUUGCAAACAAAUCAUAAGUUUUAUUGUUGAGUAUUUUAUUAGCUCUAGAUUUCGAUACGGAUUUGAUCUUCCAAAAAGUUGACCUCGGUUGUGAAUUAUUUAUAACUAGUGUGCUGAUUGUAUAUUUUAGUGCAGCUCAGAGAAUUUAGGUUAAUAAGUUUAUAGAUAAUAAACUAUGUGCCCGUUUCAUCUUAAGAUGUGUAUAUAGCCAUAUUAUGAUAAAAGUAUUUUGAAA